AUGGUGUACACUUCGUUGACUGAAAUUCCUCGUAACCUCAAGGAGGGUAUUGACUGGUUGGUAGCCUUGAAGGGAACUGAUGCUGAAAGCAACUUGAAGGCUAUGGGCGCCGCAAUCCACGAUUUUCUGGCAGAGCAUAUUUCAGAAAAGGCUACAGAGAAGUCUGUUGGUUGUAAGCAUUUUCCAGCUCUCCAACACGUAAAGCUUAUUUCUAUGGGCUUCAUGUGGAAAAAGGAGCUUAGGAACUUGUUUCCCGCGAGAGAAAUGCUGCCAAGUUUCAUUAAGUUAAUGGAUAGAACGCCCGAAGAGCUUACCAAUGCCAUGGGAGGCAGUCCUAAAACCGUCACAGAGAAAUUAGGCAAAGUUGUGGAUGGUUGCGAGAGGUUCUUAGAAAAAAUGAAAAGUCCUGGUGAGUACGAGUCUGCUUACGGUUCUGAAGCGACAUGGGAGGCUUCGUGCUCGGAAAACCCUGCAGAUUGCGCAGCGGUCUUCGUGGGAAUUGCGCCAAUGUUAUUCAUAGGCCUAGAAUCUUUGAGGGAUGCAAGCGAAUCUCAUAGCUUAAGUUGGGUACCGUUUACGAAGAAGUUUAGUUUGACAGGUGUAUUGGAAGCCAUGGGUUUUGUUGAGCCGGAAUGCCGCAAUGGUCUGAGUGGUUCAGAUGUCCUCAAAGCGUUGAGCAAUGUGCCGUAUGGCGUAAUGUCCAUACUCGAUGAUGUUUCUGGAUUUGAUGUCGUAUAUGGAUUGGGCGACGAAGGGUCUGCACAAUCUGUAGGUGCGGGAUUAAAAUCCGCGGAACCUGCGAAAGCUGUGGAAUCUGUGGAACCUAUUCAAGAGGAACAGCCCAUGGAAUCUGUAGAGCCCGUUCAAAAUGAAGAGGCUGUAGAAUUCGCGGAACUUGUGGAAUCUGUAGAGCCCGUUCAAAAUGAAGAGGCUGUAGAAUUCGCGGAACUUGUGGAAUCUGUAGAACCAGUUCAGGAGGAGCAGUUUGCAGGAGUUGAAGAACCCAUUCAAGCGGCACAAGCCGUGGAAGCUGUAGGAUCUGCAAUUCCUACAGGAGUUGAAGAGCCUGCGAAAGCUACAAAACCUAAAAAGAGCAAGAAAGGCAAAAAGGGCAAGAAGGGUAAGAAGGGUAAAAAAGGUAAAAAGGGUAAAAAGGCUGCGAAAGCUGUAGAAGCAGGUCAGCAAUAA